AUACGGAACAUGCAAACACAGUCAAUCAUUGCUCUUUAAUUCAUUUAUAAGAGAUUAAGAAAGCUAGGCAUGGCUCCCAAAACACUCUCCUUGAUUUCUGUUUUGAUCGGGAUCAACGUUCUGUUGAUUGCGCAACAUGUCUCUGGAAGUGAGAAGGGUCUUUUGGAGUCCAAAAACAAUAACAACGAUACAGAGACAGAAAGCCUGGAAUUGGAUUGUCUUCACCCGCAGCCGAAGCCGCAGCCAAAGCCGCAGCCAAAGCCCACACCAAGCCCAACUCCAAAGCCCAAGAAAGGAGGAUGCCCAAGGGACACAUUGAAGCUGGGUGUAUGCUCGAGCGUUCUGGACAACCGCGCAAACUUCUCAUCGGGUGUACCAAACACUCCUUGCUGCAAUUUCUUCUUCGGGCUUUAUAACUUUGACGCUGCCUUGUGCCUCUGCACCGCCCUCAAGGGUAAC